CAUGUGUUUCAGAUAUACGUGCCUCGUUUAAUUGAUGGAGUAAGGAGUACGCGCAUAAUAAAAUUCAACGGUGUAUUUCACGCGAAAUCCUCCGUCGACGAUUUCGUAAUCGGCAGCGUUUUAUACGCCGGCGUAGCACGUGCGCAGUAUCUCGACCAAUAGCGGAGAGUCUGCAACAGAUUAGGCAUCUCUACUUUCAUAAGCGCAAUCGGCAGUGCGGUCUUUAAAGUUUUUAUGCUACGGUCGUUGUAUCGGCGUGUCGUCGGCACGAAAAGGACGGGACGAGACGAGCCACCGAGGCGGUGAGACGGGAAGGAGGGUGAGGCUGCGUGUUGGCAGCGAGAGGGAAGGGAGGAUCGGACGAGAGCAGUGGUGGGGGAAAUCGGUGCGAGAGAGCGCGCGCGCACCCGCUCGUGACGGCGAGACCUCGUGCGUGCGUGCCAGUCUCAUUGCCGAGCUUAGCCGAGUCGGAGUGAUCGUGCCGCGUCGGUCGGUCGUGCGCAACAGUUCGUCCCGUCCGCUGAUGACGUUGGUAUUCGUCGCGCAAACGAUAGAAGAAAAGGAAGAUACGGAGGAAGAGGGCAACGUACACUCGAGCCUCGAAAGAUAGAAGCCUUAGGCGCCGGUCACGCCGGGCGGAAAUGCGGCCGGCGAUCCCGUUUCGUGUCCGUGAACAUGCACGUCAACGUUGCUGAAGGUGAAGAAGAGAGCAAGAAGCGUCGCUUCUUCGCGCCGCUCUGAAGUGAAGUUUGCCGCUCUCUCUAGCGCCAACCGUACGACCUCUCUCUCGCCCUCCGUACAGUUGCCGGUCUUUUCCCACUCCUCCCCCUUUUCGUGUCUUUCCCUCUCCCGUUUGUUCGCUCGAUCGCGUUCUCUCGCAUCUCACCUCACCUUCGCCAAAGUAUCGCCCCUGCGCGCGCGCUCUCUCCGUUCCGCGGGGUUCAGCGAUUUCAAGAAUGUGACAGUGCGCGUCCUCGCGACCGGUCGAGCGGACGAGUGUUUCGCGUACGCAAGUUCUCGUUAAAAGGGGCAACGAUAGCAACGGCGAUGGAUGUCGAGAAUCGCGGCAUCGUGUCACGGUGAGAGAAAGAACAGAGCGCGUGGAAACGUAACGCGAGGAGAUAAAAGAAGAAGAAGAAGAAGGGAGAGAAGGACGGACGAUGCGAGCGGAAAAUGUCACUCGGUGAUACGCGCGCACGGAUGACGGGGAGUGAUCGACGGAGCGACGAUCGCGAGUCUGAGGUUGUUGGAGUGUCGUCGCGGCGGCGGUGGUGGUGGUGGUGGCAGCGGUCGUCGUUGUCGCCGUCGUCGUCGUCGUCGUCGUCGUCGUCGUCCCUAGACGGUGCCGCCGGCGCGGUGGUGCCGGCAUUGGCGACGGCGCGAUCACCGGAUCAUCGAGAGCACAAGGAGCGACUCGAUUAUCGCGUUCUUCUGCCACGAGCGUCAUCGAGAUCGAAUUACUAUUAUUCGACAACAACGUCGUCGCGUCAGCUGUCGGCGAGAGUCGCGGCGAGUUUCUGCUCCUGAAGAGGAUUCAGCGGCGGCGCCGCGGUAACGUUACCGCGACGCGACGUCGCCGGUGUGUAUACACCGUGCAUACGUACACACACAUAUAUAACAUACACGUGUCUCGCGUCGUUGGUGUGCGCGUCGGUUGUGCCGGGUCGCGCGAGGUUAAGGCACCACCGCAUCGCCCUCGAUACGUACGCGACGGCCGAGGAAAGUAAAGGCCGGGUGUCGUGCGUGCGCCGACCGAUUCGUUUCGUGCUUACCCUCCCUCUCUACCUCCCUCCCUUCUCCCCGUGUCUCUUCUUUCUCCAUCUUUCUCUCUCUCUCUCUCUCUCUCUCUAUCUAUCUAUCUCCCGAGAACGCGUGUGUAACGGAUAAGAAGUGUACAACGAUAUACCCAGUAGCAGUGCUCCCGCGUCCGUCGGUAACCUCGACGGUGACCAGUUGCGUCGUGUGUGCGUGUGUACCGAGUGCGUGUGCGUGCGUGCACGCGCGAUUCGGGCGCGUGGUGCGUUUUACGUCGUCGGUCGCGCGCGGACGACGACGUCGACGAUUGGCGUCCGCGGCUCGUCUGUCCGCGAUGCCGACAGUGGCUCGCGCUCACGGCCGUCGUGCGGAUUGUUUGUCCCCGAGAGGUGUCCGUCGACGAUAAACGGGAUUAUACGAGGAGACCCCCCACCCCCACCCCCGGUAACUCGGCGAGAACGGGAGAAGAGAAUCGAGGAAACCAAGACGCAUUAAUUCACGCAUAGAUCGUGGAAUAAGAAGAGGCGAAGGUGGAGAGCGACCGAAAACGAACGAGAGAUAAAUGAGAGUUCAAGGUCAGCCGGUGAUGGUGUUGGACCCGAGCUCGUCUACGCGGCCAAAAAACUUAUCCGAAGAAGGUGGAUCGUUCCUUCGUCGCUCGUUGAAAGUCGGAAAUAUCCACCCGAGAGAGAGAAACGUGCACGCACGGAUGCUUCGCUAGCCGGUCCGAGAGAGAGAGAGAGAGAGAGAGAAGGAGAACAGAGAUACAAGAGAAGCGAGAGGAGAAUUUGCGAGAAAGAGAGAAAGAAGGACCGUGAAACGGAGCUCCGCUGUACCCGCGCGCGUUGGACUGUCACAUUAUUUCGGGACCGUGAUCGCGCGCGAGAUACGCGCGCGCGCGCGCGCGGGCAUAAAUAAAUAUACACGCUUGCUUGCGCGAGCGUGCGCGACUGUGUCUGUGCAUGUGUGUGUAUUUGCUCCAUAUCCGUCUGUGAUCUCGCGUGUGUGCGCGAAAAAGUGUUUUCAAUUUUUGACAGUGCGUAUUUGUUGAAAGAGAGAGAAGAAGAGGAAAGGGACUUUGCGGAGGAGAGGGUGUUGGAAGAGGAGAUCGCGGCGGGUUCGGAUCCGAAGCGGAACAUCGGCGUGUGUUCUCCGACCGACCCGCGUGCGUUCGGUCGGAUCAUCACCCCCAUCAAUCCCCCCCUCCCUUUGUUUUCCUACGGCGGCUACGUUGAAAAGGACUGGCCACCAAAUGCGCGUACCGCAAAUCCUGUUUCAUGUUGAUGUUCUGGAGCAAACGGACGGUGCUCACUAGACGUCUGCUGAAGGCCAAGGUCCGUGGGGAGCAUGAAACCGAGUGUGAAGCUCAAGAGGAUUCAUCGUCACGUACGUUUCAUCGCACGAGCAGCAGCAACACGAGCGGCGGCGCCGCCGCCGCCGGUUACGACAACAACACGGCGACGACGACGACGACGACGACGACGACGACGACGGGCCGACAAGUGAGCAGGGUGAGCGGAGCAACGGAAGGUGGAGGAGCGGUGGUGUACGCGAGUCGCAACACGAGCCGAUUACAGCAGGGCUGCUGCGGCGGCGGCCACGUGAGCCAGGAUGACGACGAGCAACAGCAGCAACGGCAACGCGAUCCCGGCCGUCUGUUGAGGUGCAAGGAGCUCCUCAAGACGCUCAAGGAGAAUCAACUGGAGAUGCUGCUCACCGCCGUCGAGAGCUCCGGCGCCGAUCUCGGCUCGUGCGUCCUCGUGCCGCGUCAGCAACGAUCGGCUGAGGAUUAUCCCAUGUACGAUCAGCAACACGAGCAAUACCAUAGCAGACCGCAUCGUCAUCACGGUCGUCACUUCCAACAGCAUCGAUAUCGUCGUUAUCGGCAUCGAUCCAGCAGGCACCAUCGCUCGUCCUCCGUCGAGGACGAGCAGGAGAGCUAUUGCUCCGCGUCGGAGGACUCGUUGUCCGCGUCACCGAUGAGAUCGGACAGGUGCUGCGUCGGCGGGAAGGCGAGUAACGGCGGCAGCGGCGUCGUCGUGCCAGUGAGAGGAUCGACCGAGGGAAGCAGCGGCGCGCCGAGCGAUCCGCACCUUCUCUGCUGCCAGAUCUGGCGGUGGCCGGAUCUCGAGCACUCCUCGGAGCUCAAGAGACUACCUAUCUGUCAUUCCGCUAAAGAUCCCGUCUACAUAUGCUGCAACCCUUAUCACUGGAGCCGGCUCUGCAAACUCGAGUCGCCGCCACCCCCCUAUUGCCUUAUCGCCGACAGACUGAGACCCGAAGAUCGCGCGCCCAGCGAAGGGGAUCAACGUCGGUGCAAAAACAGCACGCCCCUGCCACUUCCCGGCUCGCUUACCACCAACGGAGAAGGUGAGACGGGGCAGAGGGAAUGGUGCACCCUGGCGUACUGGGAACUGGGUGGUCGAGUAGGUCGUCUGUAUCCCGUGGAGCCGUCGACGGUGAACGUCUUCGAUUCACUCCACGACGGCGACGGCCUCUGCCUGGCAACUCUGACCGAGAAUCACAAUGCACCGCCCGCAGUCCAGCGUACGCGCAGCAAAAUCGGCCUCGGACUAACGCUCAGCCAGGAAGCGGACGGUGUAUGGGCGUACAAUCGGUCAGAGAGUCCGAUCUUCGUGCACUCACCCACCUUGGACGAACCGGAAUCGAGGACUCUGCUGGUCUACCGGGUGCCGCCGGGUUUCUGUCUCAACAUCUUCGAUCGCGCCAAGAUCCUGCAGCUUCCAUACAACGGCGGCGGUGGCAGUGGCGGUCAGACCGCCGGAUUUGUUGCUUCCGGCCCCGUCGACAUUAAUUCCGUCCGUAUCAGCUUUGUCAAGGGCUGGGGACCCAAGUACUCGCGACAGGAAGUCACCUCUUGCCCGUGCUGGCUCGAGAUACUCUUGGCGCCGUGUAGGUGAUCGUCCCCCAAGCUAGCCGGGCUGAAAGGAUAUCGUCAAGUCUCAUCCCUAACGCGUCUCUUCUUCCUCCUCGUUGUCGUCGUCGUUGUUGUUGUUGUUGUUGUGCUCGGGGAGGAUCGCUGAUAAUGAUGCGACCGUGGCCUUUAGCUCCGUCCUAACGAGAGCUGUGUUAAUAAUGACUAAAUAAAACAAAAAUAAAAACGUGCCGGGAGCGACAUGCCAGCGGCAUGUGCCGGGGUCGCCCCAACAACCCCAGCAGUCUUACCAAAGUACACACCGUAAAAGUAAUACGUCUAGAAACAACGUCGCGUUCUGUUUCGACAGUAGAACGAGAGAUAGAAACGAAGAUCGGAGAUCGUUCGCCGAGCGUGUUUAUCGAACGCGUACGAACGGAGGAACUUACAUGGACGAGUGGUACAUAGGAUCUUUCUUACAAAGCGUGCGUUUGAUUCGAUUAGUUUUUUUUUUAUCCUCUCGAUUGUUUAGGCCCGUUGAUAUUAUUCUUGAGAUUCAUGUGAGAAUUUUCGAUAAGGGAAACGGAGAGUCGGGCUUCCGGUAGAUCUAGUCACUUGCGUUUAUGGUCUGCAUGCGCCGACUCACGAAAUCGCGCGCGUAGAUUCUGCAUUCAACAUGGUAGGGAAAAUUCUUAGUCUUAUAAAGAUGAAAUAUGAAGCAAAGGAUAAUAUCGACGAAACAAAGAGGUAUGUAAAUAAAAUGUAUUUUACGAUUGCUCCGUCUUUCUUUUCGAAAGUGAUUAUUCGAAAAGAAAUCUAUCGUAUAAUCACUUUUGUUUUAUCAAAUAUUUGAUAAAGUUUAUUAAGAUAAUGCGAUAUAUGUAACAUAUAAAGUAAUGAAAUAUUUAGCUGCUUCUAAAUAAUUUUUUAUAAAUUAUUACGAGAAAAUUAUUCUCUCUUUGUUAUAAAUUUGAGUUUCGCAAACUCGUUAUAUCUCCUAGAACUUAUAUUACUGAAAACAAAAAUAAAUUAAUAUAUUUGUAAUUUAUUUAUAUAGUUAUGAGAGAUUAAUAAGUAAAAUUAUAAAAAAUGAUUAUGCGUUUAACAUGCAUUUAAAUUAGUUCUUAUAAAAAUUAAAUCUUUUCUACAUACAAUUUUUAUACAAAUUG